AUGCAUCUUCCAACUUUACCCCUGUCCCUAGUCUCGCUUAUCUCAGCCGCUCUCGGAUCUCCCACUAGUGGCAAUGAUGGCUCGUUAGGAUAUGACGCUCUUCGGGCUCGAGAUGCUUUGAUAGGCCGUGCCACUCCGGACAACCCGUCCGGCACUUACGCCCCGGCUAUCGUCGACUGUCCUAGCCAACGGCCGACCAUUCGGGGUGCCGGAUCCUUAUCGCAAUCCGAACGCGACUGGCUGCAAACCCGCCGGAGCAAAACCAUUGAUCCCCUGGUCCAAUUCCUGCGCAGUUCGAGCCUAAGCGACUUCGAUGCCGCUGGUUACGUCACUUCCAACUCGGCAAAUUUUUCUAUAGUGCCUAACAUCGGCAUCGCUGUCUCGGGUGGUGGUUAUCGUGCCUUACUAAAUGGUGCCGGCUUUAUUGCUGCUGCUGACAGCCGUGUGCCCGGCACGACGGACACAGGAGGUAUUGGUGGUCUAUUACAAAGUAGCACAUACCUCGCCGGCUUAUCCGGUGGUGGCUGGCUAGUUGGCUCCAUCUUCGCCAACAACUUUUCCAGCGUCGUGCAGCUCCGUGAUGGCUAUGACAAUUCUGCCCUGUGGCAGUUUUCCAAUUCCAUCUUCCAGGGUCCCAAGAGUAGGGGUAUCUCGGUCGUCAACACCGUCGAAUACUGGAACGAUAUCGCCGACCAGGUCGAUACGAAACGAAGCGCCGGCUAUGAUGUUUCUAUCACAGACUACUGGGGUCGGGCUCUCUCCGUCCAGUUAAUCAACGCGCCCGAAGGCGGGCCAGCCUACACGUUCUCGUCUAUUGCCGAUGCACCUAACUUCAUAUCCGCCGAUACACCGAUGCCGAUCCUAGUGGCCGACGAGCGCAGGCCGGGGACUCAAGUUGUUUCUCUCAACUCCACCGUCCUGGAGUUCAAUCCUUGGGAAGUCGGGUCCUACGACCCAACUAUCUACGGUUUUGCGCCCACCCGGUACGUCGGCUCCAACUUCAGCGCCGGCAGCGUUAUCGAGAAUGGCCACUGCGUCCGUGGAUUCGACUCAUACAGCUACAUCAUGGGCACUAGUAGUUCGCUCUUCAACGCUUUCCUGCUACAAAACAUAUCCUCUUCCGAUGUACCCCAAUUAGUCGCCAACGCGCUCCAGGCCGUCUUGACUCGUCUUGGCAACGACAAUGAUGAUAUCGCUGCUUGGACUCCUAAUCCAUUCUAUGGUUACAACAGCGCAACCAACGUCAACGCCCACGAUGAGCAGCUGACCCUCGUGGAUGGUGGCAUGGACUUGCAGAACAUUCCUUUACAUCCCCUAAUCCAGCCGGCGCGCGCCGUGGAUAUCAUCUUUGCCGUCGAUUCCUCCGCCGACACCGAUACUUACUUCCCUAACGGUACCGCGCUACGUGCCACGUACGAGCGCAGUCUUACCCCCAUUGCCAACGGCACGGCAUUCCCAGCUGUUCCUGAUGCCGAGACUUUCAUCAACCUGGGCCUAAACCAACGCCCGACCUUCUUCGGGUGCGAUACAUCCGAGUUCGCCAACGCUAGCCACAUACCGCCUCUAAUCGUGUACGUCGCCAACGCGCCCUACACGACACACUCGAACGUGUCCACUUUUGACCCGUCGUACACGGACGAGGAGCGCAACUCGAUGAUCAAGAACGGCUACAACGCGGCCACCAUGGGUAACGGCACCGUCGACUCCGGCUGGCGCACCUGCGUCGCCUGCGCCAUCCUCAGCCGCAGUCUCGAGCGCACCGGCACCACCGUCAGUCCCACCUGCCGCAGCUGCUUUAGCCGUUACUGCUGGAACGGAACCACCGACAGCAGACCCCUGGCUGGCUGGUUGGCUGGAUGGUGGUCUGGAUGGCUUAUUCGUCAACUUGAUCCUCGGCCACAAGUAUGUGGAAGGAGUAUCCAUCCAUCCAGCCAUCUUUCUUUCUCGUCUUUCUAUAUAGCUUAG